AUGGGAGAAAUCACCAUGGACCAGAAGUCUGUCUCCCUGGGAUCUGCCUACAAACUGGUUUGCUACUUUACCAACUGGUCACGGGACAGGCAGGAACCAGGAAAGUUCACCCUUGAGAGCACUGACCCCUUCCUAUGUUCUCACCUCAUCUACUCAUUCGCCAGCAUCAGUAACAACAAGGUCAUCAUCAAGGACAAGAAUGAUGUGAUGCUUUCCCAGACCAUCAGCAGUCUCAAAACCAAGAAUCCCAAACUGAAAAUUCUCUUGUCCGUUGGAGGGUAUCUGUUUGGUUCCAAAGGGUUCCACCGCAUGGUUGAUUCUUCUACAUUACGCUUGGAAUUUAUCAACUCUGUAAUCCUGUUUCUGAGGAACCAUAACUUUGAUGGGCUGGAUAGCUGGAUUUACCCAGAUCUGAAAGACAACACUUGUUUCACUGUGCUGAUUCAUGAGUUAGCAGAAGCCUUUCAGCAGGACUUUGUAAAAUCCACCAAAGAAAGGCUUCUCUUGACUGCAGGAGUUUCCGCAGGGAGGCAUAUGAUUGACAAUAGCUAUCAGAUCAAGGAAUUGGUAAAAGAACUGGAUUUCAUCAACUUCCUGUCCUUUGACUUCCAUGGCUCUUGGGAAAAACCCCUCAUCACUGGCCACGAUAGCCCUCUGAGAAAGUAGCAGCUGGACAGAGGGACAAGCUCCUACUACAAUGUGGAAUAUGCUGUGGGAUACUGGAUAAACAAAGGGAUGCCUGUGGAGAAGGUGGUCAUGGGCAUCCCAAUGUAUGGACGUUCCUCUACACUGGCCUCUGCAGAAAACACCUUGGGGGCCCCUGCCUCUGGUCCUGGAGCUGCUGGCCCCAUCACCAAGUUUUCAGGCUUCCUGGCUUAUUAUGAGAUCUGCCAGUCCCUGAAAGGAGCCAAGAUCACGAGGCUCCAGGAUCAUCAGGUUCCCUAUGCAGUCAAGGGGAACCAGCGGGUGAGCUAUGAUGAUGUGGAGAGCGUGGAGACCAAGGUUCAGUUCCUAAAGAAUCUAAACCUGGGAGGGGCCAUGAUCUGGUCCAUUGACAUGGAUGACUUUACCAGCAAAUCCUGCAGCCAGGGCUCCUACCCCCUCGUUCAAGCUGUCAAGAGAAGCCUUGGCUCCCUAGGAAGAUAA